AUGCAGGUGGAGGCCAUCCACCCAGUUUGCGCCAUCAUCUCACAGCACAUGAAGGCUCAGGAGCUCUGCAGUCAGACCAAGAAGGAAGAGAGCAAGAACCAAACGGAACAACAGGGCUGCAAGACAGAAUGGGAUGAGAUUCGGUGCUGGCUCAGAGCUGACGUUGGCCAGGUGGUUAACGUGUCCUGUUCGGAAGUUUUCCAGCACUUAUCCAGCAAGCAAGGUUACAUCUACAGGAUCUGCACAGCAGAAGGCUGGAGUCACCUGUACCCACCUUAUGAGAAAGCCUGUGAGUUUAAAAAUGGCACAGAGCCUGAAUUGAAGACAACCUACUUCUCAACGUUUAAGCAGGUGUACACAGCAGGAUAUGCCACGUCUCUGAUAUCUCUCAUAACUGCUAUCUUAGUCUUCACUUUCUUCAGGAAGUUCCACUGUACCAGGAACUACAUACACAUCAAUCUCUUUUCCUCCUUCAUUCUCCGGGCCAGUGCCGUUUUCAUCAAAGAUGCAGUUCUUUUCUCAGACGAGUCUCUUGACCACUGCCUAAUGUCCACAGUGGCGUGUAAAUCUGCUGUAGCUUUCUUCCAGUUCAGCAUCCUGGCUAAUUACUUCUGGUUGCUGGUGGAAGGCAUGUACCUGCAGACGCUGCUCGCUCUCACCUUCGUCUCGCAGAAGAAGUACUUCUGGUGGUACUUUCUGACCGGAUGGGGUGUACCGUCAGUUGUCCUUAUUGUUUGGGUGUUGGCACGAAAUUUCUACAACAACAGUGGAUGCUGGGAUGACAUGGAUAACACUGGCAUCUGGUGGAUAAUCAAAGGUCCAAUAACAGCAUCCUUGUUUGCCAACAUUAUCAUCUUCCUAAACGUGAUCCGGAUCCUGGUCGAGAAGCUCAAGUCAACCAGUGUAGGAGGCAAUGACACCGGCCAUUUCAUGAGGUUGGCUAAGUCCACAUUGUUCUUGAUCCCUCUGUUUGGGAUGCACUACACCGUGUUUGCCUUCCUGCCGGAGAACACGGGAGAAAUGGCGCGACUCUACAUCGAGCUUGGCCUAGGCUCCUUCCAGGGCUUUGUGGUUGCUCUUCUGUACUGCUUCCUCAAUGGAGAGGUGCAAGCCGAGCUGAAGAGGAUCUUGUGGAAGUGGAAGACCCAGAAUCAACUCAGUCCUGGUAAAAAGCGCCGCGUAACAGUCACUCAGAUUAGCGUACUGGAGAGGGGCGAACCGCAGGCACAUUUCAGUUGCACUAAAGUCACGUCGGUGUGAAUGUCCAACUUCAAGUCCGAGUCGCAUCAAUGGGAAUGCAAGCAAACGGCAAUACCCUUGCAUCUUCUGCGGAUGCAAAGGGAUGUGAGAUACAGAGCGGAAUCUCAGGAAGUGUUCAAAUGCAUUUAAAGGUAUUCGAACGUGGACUGGCUUGAACAACCAGAAGAUAACAGAAAGCCUACGGGUUAGUGAAGAAGUGACCUGCUUCAGAUAGGUUGUUCCAGAAGAUCUUGCACUGUCUAUAAAGCUCCUUUAGACAUAAUAGCUAUAUGCAUAAUAGCUGUGAUGAACAUUUUGAGCACAAUUGCUGAGGAUUCAUAAGAUCAGAUUUAACUCCAUGCUACAGCGCCAUUAUUCGGGUCGGCAU